AUGACAGAAUGUGCAAAAUAUGGGAAAUGGAGUGAACAAAAUAUGAAUGAAGCGUUAAUCGCAUUUCAGAAUGGUGCUGCUGGGUUAAAUGAAAUAGCUAGGAGAUAUAAGAUACCAAAGGCAACGCUGAAACGAAGAAUUGAUGAUACGAAUAAGAAUGUUCAUGGAAGCGAAAAAAAAUUUGGUCGUGGUGCAGAUCUUCCACCAGAAUUAGAGGGGGAGAUAGUUACACAUGUUCUGGAGCUUGAACGGAGGCUGUUUGGAAUAACCCGUAGUGAUUUAAGAAAGCUGGCUUACGACGUCGCUGAAGCAAAUGGGAUUCGACAUAGAUUGAAGAAUGGACAAGCCGGUAAUAAGUGGUAUUAUUGCUUUAUGUCGCGACACAAAGAGUUAUCGCUUCGUCAGCCAGAACGUACUUCAUCGGCCAGGGCUCUAGGGUUUACCAAGGAAAAACAUAACUUUGGUCCAUCGGAGAUAUAUAAUGUCGACGAGACUGGUCUUUCUACAGUCCAGAGACCACAGAAAAUUAUUGGACGAAAGGGCAAGCAUCAAAUAGGAUCUUUAACAAGUGGCGAACGAGGCGUAAAUACCACGUGCGUUUGCUGUUUUAAUGCUGCCGGAAUGUACAGUCCACCGAUGUUAAAUUUCAAACGCAUCAGAUUUAAAGAUGAACUCAAAGAAAGCGCACCUCCAGGAACAAUAUUUGCUUGUUCGGAAUCGGGAUGGAUAACCAGCGAAUUAUUUGUAAAUUGGCUAAAGCAUUUUAAGUAA